AAAAUAUAAUCAAAGACCAUUAAUUACAAAAAAUAAAAAUAACAACUUAUUUUCAAUUGAAGAUGGUUAUAAUAAACAAUCAGAAGAAAAUUCUAAUUUUAUUUCACGUUUAAAAACAAAAGUUUUUAAUCGUCCAUCAAGACAACGUUUAGAAGAAUCAACACCAAAUAAACUUGAAGAUAAAACGCGAACAUUACCACAUUGGACAAUUUAUAUUGCUUGGACAUUGGUCAUAUUGAGUAUAUUAACUUGUUCAUUUUUCGUUAUAUUAUAUUCAAUGGAAUGGGGAAAAACUCGAUCAAAUGAAUGGUUGACUACAAUGAUGUUAUCAUUCGGACAAUCAAUACUUGUCAUUGAUCCAUUAAAGGUACUAUUUUCUUAUUUUUCAUAG